GGAAACUUUCUGUCCUGUCAGAGUGAGGCCAAGUUCAAAUUGGAAGAACAGCACCUCAAAUUUUGUUUGGGCAGAGUUGAUAACUGGAGCACUAGAAUGGAGACAGCAACUGGAACUGUUUGUUUUCACCCAAUUCUGGACACAUAUCAGUCCAGGGCAGCGGCUGGCAGUGACAGCUCCACCCUAGCGAAUCCACCAGGCACAGAAGUAGCUGUUGGCCGCGAUUGAAAGUGGCCGCUUGUGGCGAGGAAGCCAAUGCGGUGAAGGGAACGGUAACAGUCAGCGCUUGAGUUGCCUCCUCCUCCUCCCACUUUCUGUAUCAAUCGCUUCUGCGCCGAGGACAUCGCGAGGAAGAGCGGCGAGGUGCUCAUUUUACAGUAUACUCACAAUGGGCAAUGCAGAAUCACAAGAACCUUUGAAUGACUCGGAGACUGAACCGGCAACACUGAAACAAGACAAGACUGGAUCUAGUCAUGAGAUUAUUCAGAAUGGACCGACUCAGCAAAAUACCUUGCAAAGUUCAGUUCAGGAUAUCUGGAGAUUUGAUUACCUGAUGAGGAAAUUGCAUUUAAAAUCCAGAAAUGGCAAAGAUAGAGGAGCAGAAGGUGAACAGGAUUCAGAGGCGUCCACUACACGCAAGACGAUGGUGAGAAGUGCCUCCACGAAUGCAGAGGAAAUAGAACUGGAUAAACCUACCAAGCCCAUUUCGAAAUCUAUAUUUUCCUUCUCGUUUGCUCGCUCUGUACCAGGGCGUACUGAUGACUCUUCCACGGAGCCAAAAUCAGAAACAGCUCAGCUCCAGGCCAAUCAAAAGACCUCUGGGAACACAGCGCCCAUUGAUAAAAUGAAUCUUCGACAAUCCUCCCCACAAAAGGGAGAUUCCGCUCAAAAGCAACGGCUACCCUCCACCGAGUCAUUCAAUGCUGCUGAGUCCACGGAGAAAGAAACAGGGCAACCAAAGCAAAAAGAAGUAAGCUUUUUUGACAAACUUUUCAAACAGGGUGAUAAAAGCAAACAACAGAAUGGGCACCGGGGAGAUCUGAAGACUGCUGGAAGUCAGGACCUAACUGCAGCUGACAGGGAAGCUGGUGAACUCAUACACAGGCUGGAUAACGUGCAUCAGUACUUGGAAACUGGUAAUGGUAACAAGGAUCAUAAGGCAUCACCCAAUGCUGACAACUUAUCUCAAAAUCCAGCAUCUGCCAGAUCAUCGGAGAAGGAUUCUGAGAAGGAAAAUAAAGCAGAGACCCCUGCAGACGAUAAUUCUGUCAUGAAUUUCUUCAAAACACUUGUCACCCCAACAAAGUCCUCUUCCAAGACAGAACUUGAUUCGCAUCAAGCUCCAGAUGACAAGAAGAAGGUAAACGGUGAACACAAAGAACCAACAGGCAAGGCCCACAAAUCAGAACAAGAGGCACUGAAGGCAAAAGAUACAGAUUUGUCUGAAAGACAAAAAUCAGAAAAGACACCAACACAAAGUCCAUUCGGAAAACUGUUUAAACAAAAGGCUGUCAAGGAACCACAGUUUGAACAAGAAAACGUGGCUUGUUCCCCUGAAGUGAAAACAGAAAAAGGCAUGUCCCAGCCACAAAAACAGAUUUCAAAACAGGGAAGUAAAGAUUCUGAAGCAGUGCAGGAAGUAAGGUCUGAAGAAGAAGCUAAACCAGCCAAGAAGGGUUUUCUCAACUUCUUCAAACAGACGGAAUCAGGCUCGACAGAUGACUCCGUAAAGAAGGGACCUGAAACAGAAGAAAAUUCAGUGCAGCAACCGGAAAAGGUCAAUGGCAAUUCAAAGCAGAAAAAGUCCGUUCCAGAAGGGGAAAAUCGGAGAACAAAAUCUUUGGAAGCUCUUCCUCCCACACAGCAGCCAAACACCACUUCAGAACCGAUACCAAAUGGCAGCAAUAACCAAACCAAAGAAACUCCUGAGAAGAGACUGGAAAAGAGACAGUCAUUUGGGAUGUUCCUAAAGCAGUUGGGAGGGAGAAAGACAGCAGAUGCCGCUGUUCAGACAGAUCCUGUUGUUAUCCAUCCUGCAGGGAAGACAAAGUGAUACCAGUCUGCACCACCAGCACCCCAGCCCCAGAAAGCUGGGCAACAGGCUUUAAUACUCGGUGAAAACACAUACCAUUCACUGAAGAUGGACACAAAAUGCUGGAGUAAUUCAGUGGGGCUAGCAGCAUCUCUGGAGAGAAGGGAUGGGUGACGUUUCGAGACGAGACCUUUCCUCAGC